UCUCAUACACACACUCGCAACUUCUAUUCCGUGAAUAACGUCUUCUCUCUGGAUAGGCCGCGUGACUCCAUUGAACAUGGAUAUUCUCACUCUGGCAUCCUUUGCUCUCACCCCUUCCAUUGAACAUUACGCCUAGAGUGGUACUACAGUAUACACGCAAUCCACACAAGCUCUCCUUCUCUACAGCAUGACCAAUCAGGUUGGGAGCAUGACGAAGGCUGCUGUUCUCCGGUCGCCCUUGGCACUCUCAUCGAAACUGGUUUUAGAGCAGCCGCUUGAACCCAGUUGUGCGCGAUUGCCAUGGUCGCUUUCAAUCUCCCAGUUGCGCUCAUAGCGCUGGCUUCGACUGGAGUCUCAGCAGCAGCGUCUCCUGCUUGGUCGUUUGUGCAGAAGGGCACAACGGGGAUCGUCGCGCUCGAAGCUAUCGUGGUCUCUCCGACGCUCGUCGUGUUCUUUGACCGGGCCGUCAAUGAUCCACUCAAGACAGCCGAUGGCAAAACAGCUUGGGGUGAACUCUGGGAUCUGGAGACCAGCACGGGGACGCCGCUCAAGCUGAUCUCGGACACGUUCUGUGCGUCUGGCGCGUUGCUCAGUAACGGCACGAUGGUUUCCGUGGGCGGGACCACGCCUGAGCCAACAAACCUGAAUCACACUGGGGCGGUGGAUGGCCGGAUGGCUCUCCGGCUCUUUGGACCUUGUUUGGACCCCCCUGCUGGACCGGGUUGCACCGUGUUCGAAGAUCUGGAGCACCUUCAUAUGGCGGAAACGCGCUGGUAUCCUUCCUCGAUCAGAAUCUUUGACGGCUCCCUGAUGAUUGUUGGUGGAAUACAUGAGCAGACGACCUUCUACAAUACGGAUCCCGUGAACAACUUCGAGUUCUUUCCAGCCAAGGAUGGCGGAGUACCUCGCCCUUCUGCUUUCCUCGAGCGCAGUCUGCCUGUAAACUUAUUCCCUCGGGCUUUUGCUUUGCCUGAUGGAAAAGUCUUCAUGGUCGCCAACAACCAGUCGAUCAUCUACGAUAUCGAGGCUAACACGGAAACGAUCCUGCCUGAUCUGCCCAAUGGUGUUCGGGUCACAAACCCGAUGGACGGUACCGCUCAGCUCCUUCCGCUGGCGCCACCACACUACAUUCCGGAAGUGCUCGUUUGCGGUGGAUCUGACAAGAGCGACCAGAUCCCUACCUCGCAACUGUCGUCGGAGGAUCGGGCGACGACCCAAUGCAGUCGCAUCACUCUGACGUCAGCUGGGAUUGCGAAGGGAUGGGAGGUUGAGCACAUGCCCCAGGCUCGUGUUCUGGCCGAGAUGAUACUGCUUCCCAACGGCGAACUCAUGAUCAUCAACGGUGCCGGCUCUGGUUAUGCGGGAUUCAAUGGACUCGGCCACACUACCGGCAAUUCGAAUGCCAACCAUCCCGUACUUACCCCGAUUCUGUACAAGCCGUCUGCAAACGUGGGCGCGCGUAUGACCCAGGUCGGGUUCCCGGCAUCGAACAUCCCUCGACUGUACCACUCGACCGUGACUCUUACUCCGCAGGGUAACAUCCUUCUCGCCGGAUCGAAUCCGAAUGCCAACGUCACUCUUUUUCCUCCGGGGCAGCCAGGGUUUUCCUCCGAGUUCCGGGUCGAAACACUGAAUCCUCCCUUCAUGGGCAUGAAUCGACCGAUACUUUCACAGGUCCCCGCUAAAAUUGGAUUCAAUCAGCGGUUUACGAUGGGCCUUGACCUCCCCGCUGAUGUACGGGCCACCUCCUCUAUCAAAGUGGCUUUGAUGGAUCUCGGCUUCUCUUCCCAUGGAUUCCAUUCGAGCGCCCGGCUCGUGUUCAUGGAUGCCACUCUAUCCAAAGACAAGCGCACACUGACUGUUCUCAGUCCUCCCAACAAUCGCGUGUACCCCCCAGGUCCAGCAUAUAUCUUUGUAACUGUUGGCGAGAUGACCAGUGCGGGCGCGCAUGUCAUGAUUGGUUCUGGAGGCGAUCCUCCGAGGAUGGGUGCUACGCUCAAAGUCACGUUCGCGACGCUCGCCGUCAUCGUAUCCGCCCUUGCGGCCCCGUCUCCUGCCUGGAACUUUGUUGGAAAGGGUGUCUCUGGGAUCAUCGCGCUCGAAGCGAUCGUGGUGUCCCCGAAGCUCGUCGUGUUCUUCGACCGCGCGACGAACGACCCCCUCAAGACCGCAGAUGGCAAGACGGCAUGGGGCGAGCUUUGGAACUUGGAGACCAACACCGGAACACCGCUCAAGCUCGUUUCGGACACUUUCUGCGCCUCUGGUGCGCUUCUCAGCAACGGCACGAUGGUCUCCGUCGGCGGGCACAUCCCCGCAGCUGCCGACCUGAAUCAGACUGGGGCAGUGGACGGUCGGAUGGGUCUCAGGCUGUUUGGACCGUGUCUUGACCCUCCUUCCGGAGCUGGCUGCAGCGUGUUCGAGGACUUGCAGCACGUUCAUCUAGCUGAAACUCGAUGGUACCCCUCGUCCUUGCGAAUUUUCGAUGGAUCUUUGAUGAUCGUCGGUGGCAUCCACGAAGAAACGCCUUUCUACAACACCGAUCCGGUGAACAGUUUCGAAUUUUUCCCGUCUAAAGACGGCGGUGUCCCACGGCCUUCUGCAUUCCUCGAGCGCAGUCUGCCUGCGAACUUGUUUCCUCGUGUUUUUGCUCUACCUGACGGCAAAGUCUUCAUGAUUGCGAGCAACCAAUCCAUCAUCUACGACAUCGAGGCAAAGACAGAGACCAUCUUGCCCGACCUGCCCAAUGGUGUUCGAAUCAACAAUCCCAUGGACGGGACCGCUCAGCUUCUGCCGUUGUCCCCGCCGGAUUACGUUCCAGAGGUGCUUGCGUGCGGUGGCUCAGACAAGAGCGAUCAAACCCCCGUGGAGGAACUGUCGUCGCAAGAUCCCGCUUCUUCGCAGUGCAGCCGUAUCACUCUGACACCGGCUGGUAUCGCCAAGGGCUGGGAAGUCGAGCAUAUGCCGCAAGGCCGUAUGAUGCCAGAGAUGAUCAUCAUGCCCAACGGGCAGAUCACCAUAAUCAACGGGGGAGAGACGGGUUAUGCUGCCAUUAAAUCGAUUGGCAUAACGACUGGAAACUCGAAUGCCGACCAUCCAGUGCUGACCCCGAUUUUGUAUACACCUUCUGCGCCAUUGGGCCGGCGUAUGUCCCAAGCGGGGCUUCCGACGACCAACAUCGCUCGCAUGUAUCAUUCUUCGGUCACGCUAACGCCUCAAGGCAAUAUCCUUCUCGCUGGUUCGAACCCCAAUGGAAAUGUCACAGUUCUCCCUCCAGGACAGCCGGGUUUCCCUUCGGAGUUCCGAGUGCAGACACUCGAUCCCCCGUUCAUGACGAUGGCCCGACCAACCCUGGCCAACGUUCCCACUCACAUCGGGUUCAAUCAGCAUUUCACGAUCCAAAUCAGCGUGCCUGCUGGCGUUUCCACCACAUCCGUCAAAGUGGCUCUGAUGGAUCUCGGCUACUCGUCACAUGCGUUCCACUCGAGUGCCCGGCUCGUUUUCAUGGACGCCACGUUGUCCAAGGAUAAACGUUCUCUGACUGUGCUCAGCCCACCGAACAAUCGGGUCUAUCCGCCUGGUCCAGCGUUCAUCUUUGUCACGAUCGGAGAGACGACGAGUGCCGGAGCUCACGUCAUGGUAGGAUCCGGGGCAAAUCCUCCAGUCAAGGACCAAGGAGUUCCACUGCCGAUUUGAGUUACUCGAUAAUAGCCCAAUCACUUGAAAUAGUACAAUCGAAUUGAAUGGUCUUCAUCUCAUGACCG